CCCUCAGCUCUCUCUCUCUCUCUCUUCUCCAUCUAUGUCUGCCUUUCUCUUCUCCAUCUCUCUCUCUUAAAGCCGGUUACCACCACGAAUUCUGGCUGCCUGAAACAUAUCUAAAAGCACAUGUAGCUAUCCUCGAAUUUCAGAAUGAUCCCUAACCACCGUCACCAAAAAUCUGUGUUGCCGGCAUCGGUCUUGAACCCUAGAUCUGAAAAAACUUAAGCCGAUCUGAACUAGAUGUCGCCGGUGUUUGUAGAGGUCCGAACUGUUUUUGAGAGGGUGUCGACAACAGGUCAACAGCAGUGGGUGCAUCGAUGGUGGGGGUGUUGACAAAAUCAAUCAGUGGAGGCUCGACGGUUGAGAGGGGAGUCUUAAUUUUUUUUGGGGUAAAUAAACACUUGUUAUCCUUGUUCAAUUUUGGUAUUCCACAAUGAAAUUUGUGCUAUGAUUUAAGGCUUCUGUUGUGAAUCUUUCUUUAGUGUUGCAAUUGCAAAAAAAUCUUCUCAACUUAGCAAAUUUAAGGCUGAAGAUGUGUAUAUUAUUUGCUCAGUUGACAUCAUUAAGGAAGUCAGAUACAUACAAGUUUACAAAAUCUUCUCAACUUCAAUUUUGCCUACACAGAUGAUUAUAUUAGUCUUUGCUCAUCAAAAUGUUUGGAAGGAACCUUGAAGUUCCUAGGAGUUGGCCGGCAUCGAAGGAAAUUACCAGAUUUAGUUAUUUAAGAAACUGUGAAGAUGACAGUGAGGCGAUUGUGAAUCCUGGCGAUGGUAGAAAUUAUGUUGAAAACUCAAAAGUGAGUGAAAGCUUAUUACUCAUGAAGUUCUACUCGUUGUCACGUUGGAUGGUGAGUCAUUUGCUUUCUGGUAAAGUAUUUGACCUACCAAUGCAAGUCACUGAUGAACAAAUGGAUAUAGUUCUAUUUUGCAAAAGUUCCUUCAUAAUUGGGCGCUCAGGAGGAACCGGGAAAACUACAAUUUUGACAAUGAAACUGUUCCAGAAUGAACAAGAUUUUCGUGCUGCUGUCUGAAUUUUUUUUGGGUAAUAAAUCUUUUGCUGGAGCAAGCAACUUGCGAGAGAGAUGAUUUUUAUUGUAAUAUAUUUAUUUAAUGCGCAAAAUGACUAAAGUACCCUCAUGUGCCUUGCAUAUGGCUGGAUUUAACUGAAAAUUAUAACCUGGUUAGGGCUAAAGAACGUAGAAUGUAAUGAGUUUUCCAAAUAAAAGACUGUGACUGUAAUUAUUGAAGUUAACAGAUAUCCAUAGCAACA